AGAAAGAAAAAUAGACUGUACAACAAAAACGCAGCGCCGACCUGUGUUUUGUGUGGGGAGACUGUUUUGGGCUUCCGUUUCCAACCAUGCCACCGCCUCGAUCUCACCCACAGUAGUCUGUCGUCCGCUUCCGAUCGCCAUGGCCGCCGCCGCCGCCAUACCCGACGGCGACGGCCACCCGCUCUUUUCCAAGAUCUCCAUCUCCGGUCCCGCCCUCGCCUCCAUCAUCGAACGGUUCGCUUCCUCCCCUGGCGAUAUCGACGGCCUCCUAUUCGGCCACGUCACUCGCCUCCCCCCUCCCGACCCUCGAGACGACGACGGUGGCCAUGGUUCCCCCAACUCUUCCGCCGGAUCCGCCGCCGCCGCCGCCAACAGCCCCCUCGCCGCCACCAUAACCGGCCACCUUUCCCUCGCCUCCCGCGCCUCCUUCUACGACGCUCUAGGCCGUCUCAUAUCCCCCUCUCUCCGCAACGCCGCCUCCUCAUCCGGUCACCCCGCCGCCUCCCUGCUUGGAUGGUUCUCCGGCCGCCGCCGAUCUCCUCUCCGCCCCUCCAUGCGGGAGCGCGCCGUCUCCCUUUCCCUCUUUCGAACCCCAGAUCUCCUUGAUACUAACGCCCCUCCUGAUCGCUCGCUUGAGUCCCUCGAUCUUCCCCAUCGGCCUUCCAUCUUCCUCCUCCUGUCCUCCUCGACCACCGGAAACCAAGCGGUCCACACCCACGAGUACAGGGCCUUUGCCCUUCGCCUGAGGGCCGGCGGCGUUGGCGGCGUCCUUGAGCCGAGAUCUCUGGACAUCGUCAAUGUGGGGCCAGCGUUCAGGGCGCAGUACAGCUCCUUCUCUCCGGUGUCAGCCUUUCCAUGGAUGCCGUGUCAGCUGAGGGGGCUGGAGGAGGGAGAACGGGAGAUGGGGAACAAGAGAGGAGGGGGAGAGAGCUUGAACCGUCUCCAGGAGUUGGCCAUGGAGCAGCAUUUGCUGGAUUCGUCGACAGGGGGUUUUGGGGCAGAGAGAUUAGAGAGGCUUGUUGGGCCUGCGGCCACAGGGUACACCUCAGAAUUGGAAGAUUUGUAUGGAAAGAUGCUACUUAAACUCGAAAGUUUGGCCACGCUUGUGGAGGAGAGUUCAGCCAGAAUCCUUGAGCAGGAAGGCCGAAUUUCUGAAUUACGAAGCAGAGUGGAAGGAUUGGAAUGAAAACUUUUCAGUUGAAGUCUUUCAUGUGGGCUACAUCAAGUUCAAAAUGAGGGCUGGACAAUUAGGAAGAGAGCUUGAUUUAAGCAGACUGGAAUGUGCCAUCACAUCUUGUUGCUUGACAUGCUUGUGUUGUGAAUGGUAAGGACUUUGACUUGCUGAUUUUGGUCAUGGACAUUAGAGAAGUACUGCUGCAGAUUUACAAUCUAGAAGAUGCUUUCUUAUGCCAAUUUGUUUCUGUUUGCUCGCUGCUGCUGUGUCUUCGAUUUUGUCCUAAAAAUAUUUUUGUUAUUGCUUGGGUUAGUCCAUUCUCGAUUGGCCUUUUCCCAUGAAAAAGUAUUACGCA